CGCAACACUUUUGGCAGUUUGUGUGUGCUUGGCAGUAACGGUACAGUCAGCGUCUGCAGCCGGACUACAAGUCAAAAUGCCCGCAGAUUUGAGCCAGUGGACCGGGCCUCUUGCCCUGCUGGAGGUCGAGGAGAAGCCUGCGAAGCCUCUGACUGUUAAAUACGGCUCUGUGGAAAUCGACGAGCUCGGCAAAGUGCUCACGCCAACACAGGUGCAAAAUCGACCCACUUGCAUCGAGUGGGAAGGAUGUGACCCCAGUAAACUGUACACUCUGGCCCUGACCGACCCUGACGCUCCCAGCAGGGAACAGCCCAAAUUCAGGUGAGAGGAGCAGCCACAGGAGGGUGGAGGG